ACUCAGCAGGUGAACUGGCUGGCACAACUUCGGGGGUUCAUGUUGCCCCUUUGUGGGGCUCUUGGGAAAGCAGCAACAUGGCCAAUGUUACGCCAGUUCAGCUGGAUAACCUGGAGGCCCAGCAACAACUCAGCAGUACCCAGUGGGAGAGCACAGAGCACCCCCAUCCCCGGCCUCGGGAGGAGGCCACAGCCACUGUCAAGCUCUUUGAAUGCUCACGGAUCAAGGCACUCGCUGAUGAGCGAGAUGCAGUGCAGAAGAAGACUUUCACCAAGUGGAUCAACUCCCACCUGGGCCAGGUCUCCUGCCGAAUUGGUGACCUCUAUAUGGACCUGAGGGAUGGAUACCUCCUGACCAAGCUGCUGGAAGUUCUGUCUGGAGAGCAACUGCCCAAACCCACCCGGGGGAGGAUGCGGAUCCACUCCCUGGAAAACGUGGACAAAGCCCUGCAAUUCCUGAAGGAGCAGCGCGUCCACCUGGAGAACGUGGGUUCUCAUGACAUUGUGGAUGGCAACCACCGCCUGAUCCUGGGCCUCAUCUGGACCAUCAUCCUGAGAUUCCAGAUCCAGGUGAUUAAAAUUGAAACGGAAGACAGCCGAGAGACCCGCUCAGCCAAGGAUGCUCUGUUGCUCUGGUGCCAGAUGAAGACAGCCGGGUACCCUGAGGUUAACAUCCAGAACUUCACUACCAGCUGGCGGGAUGGACUGGCCUUCAGCGCUCUCAUUCACAAGCACAGGCCAGAUAUCAUUGAUUUCAAGAAGUUGACCAAAUCCAACGCUGUCUACAAUCUCCAGCAGGCCUUCAAUACAGCAGAGCAGCAGCUGGGCCUGGCGAAAUUGCUGGACCCGGAGGAUGUCAACGUGGAGCAUCCCGACGAGAAGUCUGUUCUGACCUACGUGGUUUCUUUCUACCACUACUUCUCCAAGAUGAAGGCGCUGGCAGUGGAGGGGAAACGGAUAGGAAAGGUGCUGGACCAAGUGCUGGAGAUUGAGAAGAUCAUAGUGCGCUAUGAGUCUCUCGCCAGUGAGUUAUUGGAGUGGAUCGAGAUAACCAUCCCCAUCAUCACCAACCAGAAGUUUGCCAACUCCCUGGCUGGGGUCCAGCAGCAGUUGCAAGCCUUCACUGCCUUCUGCACCCUGGAGAAGCCCAUCAAGUUUCAGGAGAAGGGGAACCUGGAGGUCUUGCUUUUUUCUAUCCAGAGCAAACUCCGUGCCAACAAUCGCAAACUCUAUAUCCCCAAGGAGGGAAAGAGCAUCUCGGACAUCAACAAGGCCUGGACGCGGCUGGAGAAGGCAGAGCACGAACGGGAAGUGGCCCUCCGUGCCGAGCUCAUCCGUCAGGAGAAGCUGGAGCUGCUGGCCCAGCGCUUCGACCACAAGGCGGUCAUGCGGGAAACUUGGCUGAACGAGAACCAGCGACUGGUCUCUCAGGACAACUUUGGCUGUGACCUCCCAGCCGUGGAGGCAGCCAUGAAGAAGCACGAGGCUAUUGAGGCAGACAUCUCCUCCUACCAGGAGCGCAUCCAGGUGGUGCUGGAGCUGGCCCGGGAAGUGGAGUCAGAGGGCUACUAUGACAGCAGGCGCAUCAUUGCCCAGAAGGACAACAUCCUGCGGCAGUGGGGACUCCUGACAGAGUUGGUCCGUGCUCGCCGUGUCCGGCUGGAACAGAACAUUGCCUUGCAGAAGAUCUUCCAGGAGAUGGUGUACAUGAUUGACUGGAUGGAGGAAAUGCAGGCCCAGCUGGCCUCGAAGGAGUUCGGGAAGCACCUUCUGGAAGUGGAGGACUUGCUGCAGAAGCAUGGCUUGCUGGAGGCUGACCUCUCUGCGCAGCGGGACCGGGUCCAGGCCCUCAACACAGCAGCCCUCAAGUUCUCAGAGCUGCAAGGCUACCAGCCCUGCGACCCUCAGAUCAUCUGCAACCGGGUCAGCCACGUCCAAGGCUGCCAGGAGCUGCUGCAGCGGCUGGCUUCUGAGCGGCGGAAGGAGCUGGAGGCUUCCUGCCAGCUGUGGUCCUUCUUCCAAGAGAUGGAAGAGGCGGAGGCCUGGGUGCGGGAAAAAGAGCGCAUCCUGUCGUCCUCCCAGAGCUAUGGCAAGGACCUGGACAGCGUGGCCAAGCUGCUGAGCAAGCACAGCCUUUUCCUGGGUGAGCUGAGUGGCCGCCGCUCCUUGCUGCAGACCGCCAUGCGGCAGGGCGAGCAGAUCCUGCUGCGGAAGCGCUUUGGCCCGGUCAACGUGCAGGAGAAGAUCCGGGACGUGCGCUUGCGCUGGAAGAAGCUGGAGGGACUGGCAGCUUGCCACCUGCAUAAGUUGCAGGGGGCCCUGAGCUUCCACCAGUUUGGCGCCGACACCGACGACCUGGUGGCCUGGCUGCAGGACGCCUAUCGCCUGGUCUCCAGUGACGACUUUGGGCAUGACGAGCACUCCACCCAGUCACUGGUCAGAAAGCACAAGGGGGUGGUGCAGGAGAUCGACAAGCACCGGGUGGCUGUCCUGGCCCUGCGGAAGCAGCUGGCCGCCCUGGCCCCUGAGCACCACGAGACGAUGGAGGUGCAGAUCCGCAUUGUGGAAGUGGAGCAGCUGUACGAGGAGGUGGCUGAAGUGGCUGUGCUGCGGUGCCAGUGGUUGCAAGACGCCCUGGCUGUGUACCGCCUGUUCAGCGAGGUCAAUGCCUGCGAGAUCUGGAUCGACGAGAAGGAGCAGUGGCUCAGCCGGAUGGAGGCGCCUGAGAAGCUGGAGGACGUGGAGGCGGUCCAGCACCGGUUUGAAAGCCUCGACCAAGAGAUGAACAGCCUGAUGGGUCGCAUUCUGGAUGUUAACCAAAUUGUGCAGCAGCUGGUUGAUGGGGGCCACCCGAGCUCCUCUGAAGUCCGAUCCUGCCAGGACCAUCUCAACAGUAGGUGGAACCGGGUGGUGGAGCUGGUGGAGGAGAAGAAGGACCACCUCAGUUCCAUCCUGAAGAUCCAGAACUACCUGCUGGAGUGCAGUGAAAUCAGGUCUCAGAUCCGGGAGAAGCGCCAGGCCAUCGAGUCCACCCAGUACAGCAGUGGCGACCUGGGCAGUGUCCUCUCCCUCCAGCGCUGCCUCUCUACAAUAGAGGCUGCCCUGGUGCUCCUGGAGCCCUGGCUGAUUGAGCUGCAGCAGGAGGGGGAGUCGCUGGCCAACACCCACCCGGCCCAGGCCAUGGAGAUCCUGAUGCAGUUUGAGGAGAUCAGCGAGGAGUGGGAGGCCUUGAAGAAGACGCUGCAGGGCUGCGAGGACUCGCUUACAGUGGCCAGCAGGUUGCAGCAGUUCAUCCAGGACUUGGACAGCUUCCUGACCUGGCUGGUGAAGAUGCAGGCAGCCGUGGCCUCACCGUUGGAGGAGCUGCCAGGCAGCCUCUCAGAGGCCGAGCGGCUGCUGCACCAGCACACUCUGCUCAAGGAGGAGAUCAGCCGCUACGAGGAGGAUUAUGCCAAGAUCCAGGCCGUCAAUGAUGUGCUGGCCCUGGAGGAGGCGGACCUGCCCUACCUCUCUCUCCAGCAGUGGCUGCAGAAGCUGGACGUGGGCUGGAACAAACUGCUGGAGAUGUGGGAGCACCGCCGGGAGGUGUUGGUGCAGGCACAUGUCUUCUUCCUUUUCCUGCGUGAUGCCAAGCAGGCUGAAGUUUGUCUGUACAACCAGGAAGCGACGCUAGCCCCUGCAGAGCUGCCCGCAACAGUGGAAGGGGCAGAGAAGGCCAUCAAGGAGCAGAAGGCAUUCAUGACCACCAUGGAGCUCCAGAUGCAGAAGACCACCAUAGCUCUCAAGGCUGGCGAGAGCCUGAUUCGGCAGGGCAACCUCUAUGCCAAGCGGGUGAAGGAUGAAAUGGAGAUCCUCCAGGCAAAGAGUGGACAGAAUGUCCAGCUGGCCAAUGCCUGGAUGCAGCGCCUCAGUGACCACCUGGAGCUGCAGCACUUCCUGCAAAGCUGCCAUGAGCUGGAUGGCUGGGUGGCGGAGAAAGAGGCGCUGAUGGCCGGCGAGGCGCCUCGUGACCAGGACGCGCCGUCCUGGAAGCCGCCGCCGCCGCAGCGGCCACCCAAGCGAUGGCUUCGGCACCGCGCGUUCAUGGCCGAGCUGGCCCAGAAUAAGGAGUGGCUGCACAAGAUCGAGAAGGAAGGGCAGCAGCUGAUGCGAGAGAAGCCCGAGCUGGCGGAAACCGUGAGGGAGAAGCUGGAGGAGAUCCGGCAGUGCUGGGCAGAGCUGGAGUCUGCCACCCAGGCCAAGGCGCAGCAUCUGCUGGAAGCCACCCGGGCUGACCGCUUAGUGCAGAGCUACGCAGAGCUGGACAAGAAGCUUCUCCACAUGGAGAGCCGACUGCAAGCUGUGGAUGCUGGGCCGGACCUCGCCAGGGUCAACAGCAGCCUCAGGAAGCUGCAGACCAUGGAGACGCAGGUAGAGGAGUGGUCCAAGGAGAUGGGGGAGCUGCAGGUCCAGGUUGCUGCUCUGCCCCCAGAGACCACCAGCAGGGAGAUGGUGGACGAGAGGCAGAGCGUGGUGGGGGCGCGGAUUGUGCGCCUCCUGGAGCCCCUCAGGGAGCGCCGGAGGAUCCUGCUGGCCUCAAAGGAGCUGCACCAAAUCAGCCAUGAUCUGGAGGACGAGCUGAUCUGGGUCCAGGACCGCCUGCCACUGGCCAUGCUGAAAGACCUUGGGAGCGACCUGCAGACAGUUCAGCAGCUGAUCAAGAAGAACCAGGCCCUGCGCCGGGAGAUCCAGGUGCACAGGCCCCGGACGGAGGAGGUGCUGGAGCAUGCUGGCAGCGUUGCAUUCCUCAGGAGCCCUGAGGUGGACUCCGUGCGGCUGCUGUUGGAGCAGCUCUCCGGACUGUGGGGGGUCCUCCAGGAGGAGACGGAGCAGCGGCAGCAGCUGCUGGACACCACCUACCAAGUGGAGCAGUACUACUUUGAUGUGGGGGAGGUUGAGGCCUGGCUGAGCGAGCAGGAGCUCUUCAUGAUGAACGAGGAGAAGGGCAAGGAUGAGCAGAGCACGCUGCAGCUGCUGAAGAAGCACCUGAUGACCGAGCAGACGGUUGAGAACUACGCGGAGACCAUCGCCCAGCUGUCGCGGCAGUGCCGGUCACUGCUGGAGCUGGGCCACGCAGACAGCGAGCAGGUCAGCAGGAGGCAGUCCCGGGUGGACCGGCUCUACGUGUCCCUGAAGGACCUGGUGGAGGAGCGCAAGGCCAGGCUGGAGCAGCAGUACUGGCUCUACCAGCUCCACCGUGAGGUGGAUGAGCUGGAACACUGGAUUGCUGAAAAGGAGGUGGUGGCCAGCUCACCCGAGCUGGGGCAGGACUACGAGCACGUGACGCUGCUGCAAGAGAAGUUCACGGAGUUUGCCAGUGAGACAGGCAGUAUUGGCAACGAACGAAUCUCGGCCAUCAACCAGAUGGUGGAUGAGCUGAUUGAGUAUGGGCACGCAGAUGCUGCCACCAUCGCUGAGUGGAAGGAUGGGGUGAAUGAGGCCUGGGCGGACUUGCUGGAGCUGAUCGAGACGAGGGCACAGAUGCUGGCUGCCUCCCACGAGCUGCACAAGUUCUUCAGCGACUGCAGGGAUGUCCUCUCCCAAAUUGAGGAGAAGAAGCAACGCCUGCCGGAGGUUGCAGUCCGUGAGUGCAAGACCUCGGCUGGUACUCUGCAAAGGAUGCUCAACUCCUUUGAGCACGACAUCCAGGUCCUGGUGGCACAGGUUCGGCAGCUGCAAGAGGUGGCAGCCCAACUGCAGACAGUGUACGCUGGCGAGAAUGCUGAUGCCAUCGCCACCAAGGAGCAGGAGGUCAUGCGCUCCUGGAAGGAACUGCUGAGCUCAUGUGAAGACUGCCGGUUGCAGGUCACCACCACAGCUGAUAAAAUCCGCUUUCUCAACUUGGUGCGGGACCUCAUUUCCUGGAUGGACACCAUCCUCUGCCAGAUCGGGGCUGGCGAGAAGCCCAGGGACGUGUCCACUGUGGAAGGGCUGAUAAACGACCACCAAGGCCUGAAGAGCGAAAUCGAGGCUCGCAGCAAGGCCAUCUCUGCCUGUGUGGACCUGGGCAAGACCCUGGUGCUGAACAGAAGCGCAGCUGGCGAGGAAAUCAAACUCCACCUGGAGAAGCUGAUGGCCAAGAAGAAAGAAAUGGUUGACAAGUGGGACCAGCACUGGGAGUGGCUGCAGCAAAUGCUGGAGGUGCACCAGUUUGCUCAGGAGGCAGUUGUGGCAGAUGCCUGGCUCACGGCCCAGGAGCCCCUGCUGAGGAGCCGGGAGCUGGGAAACAGCGUGGAUGAGGUGGAGCAGCUCAUCCGGCGCCACGAGGCCUUCCGGAAAGCCGCUGCAUCUUGGGAGGAGCGCUUCAGCUCCCUAAGACGUCUCACCACCAUCGAGAAGCUGAAGGCAGAGCAGAGCAAGCAGCCCCCCACCCCCCUUUUGGGCCGAAGGAUCUUCCCAGACCCUGCUGAGCUGAACAGCAAGGGCGCCUCCCUCCUGUGCCAGCCGCUGUUCGAGAAGGACCUCUUGCGAGGUCGAACAGAGCCCCAUGCGCUGCUCAAUAGAGUGGAGCCGGGGACCCCAGAGCCUGUGGAGGCCAAGGUGGCCUACGUCCGGCAGGAGCUGAAACCAGAACGGUUGAGGCCCAAGAUUGACCACCUUCCGGAGGGCCUGGGGGCUGUGGUAGAAGUCAAAGCCCAGGAGAAAGCAAGUGAGGCCACCGCUGCAGUCGAGGAAGCCCUCAGACCAGGCCCCCCGAGCCCAGCUCCCGGGACUUUGCUAGAACAGGUGGAGGCCAAGGUAAGCCACCUGGAGACGCGUCUUGACAGACCCCAGGAGCGGCGCUCGCUGGAGCGGCAUGAAUCUGGUGAGCAGGAAGCACCCCGGCAGGAGCAAGCAGAGCGCAGGAGGGAGAGGCGGGACCGGCGGGCAGAGCGGCGGGAGUCCAGCGAGCAGGAGGCACCACAUGUGGACCCCAAAGGAGGCGGCAAAGCAACCCUGGCUGACAUCGUGGAGCAGCUUCAGGAGAAGGAAUCUGGAGUGCUGGCCCCUGCCACUCCCCGGGAAAAAGAGUCCCCUGCACGCUUGCUCAACGGCCUCGACGUGCUCCCGGAGAGGACGCCGCGCCCAGACAGACCCCGUGCCCGCGACAGACCCAAGCCUCGCCGGAGGCCCCGUCCCAAAGACCCCAACGCGCCACCAGGUGAAGCCCGUCGGUCACGCUCUGCCCCCGCCCAGAGCAGUGCCCCACCGCCACCACCCCCGACACACACCACCCAGCAGGAGGGCUACCUUCUCCGCAAGCUCGAGCUGCAGAGGCCAAACAAGAAAGCUGCCAACAGAUCUUGGAUCAACCUUUACUGCGUCCUCAGCAAAGGGGAACUGGGCUUCUACAAGGAUUCCAAGGGCCGGGAAUCUGGAAGCACCCACAGCAACGAGCCUCUGCUGAGCCUGCACAGCACCACUGCCGAAGUGGCCAGUGACUACAAGAAGAAAAAGAACGUGCUCAAAAUCAAGACUAAUGAUGGGGUUGAGUUCCUCCUGCAAGCCAAGGAUGAGGAAGACAUGAAGACCUGGCUUGAGGCGCUAACUUUUUCCAUUGCGGAGCAUGCCGAGAUCGCCCGCUGGAGCCAGGCGCUGCUCACCACCUCCUCCACCGAUGAAGGCAUCCCCAAACGGGACACUGACCGAAGGGCCAGCACCUCUGGCAGGAAGAAAUGAGACAGCCAUCCCCCACUCCCCCAAUGUUGGGAGGGACAAUCAAGGCAUCUGUGCCUGCAGGCUUGCCAACAUCUUGGUGUGUAGAAAGGACGCGAGAGGACGCAAGGCUGCCCAGCAGGAACCCUGAUGCUGCUAAGAAGGGGGGGGGGCAAAGGGGUGGCAUGACUUCACUGAAACUGGUGCCUGGGAGAAGACGCUGGACCUGUGCAGUUGGGACGCACCUGGGAAGUGCAGAAAGAACUUCUUCCCUGUCUCUUCUGUCCGCCAGGAGCUGAGAGAGCAAUCGGCCUGGGGACCAAGAGUCUUUCUUUCCCUUGAAGGGCAGCGGGAGAGCAGGUGCCCUGUGGGCUCCACAUUUAUUUCCAACUGUGUCCUGGUGGCUGGACAGGAGGAUUCAGUCCACGGGGUUCCUUUUGCUCCUCUGGGUCUGUGGAAUUACUGCAGCUCCCCAGAGGGGUCCCUGUCAGCUGACCAGCCCUAGGGUCUGGACAGUGGGAGGGGAAGCCAAGUGAUGGAACAGGGGGCCUCAGGGGCUUCUGCUGUCUUUGCAAUCCUGAGGAGCUGCUUGGAGGAACCUCGCAGGACACCUCUUGUCUUCCUUCCAGCUUCACGUCUCCCAGAAAUGGUGCUACUGUGGGUGCAAAGGACAGUGCUUGGCUGGGUUUGGAGGGCUUGCUGUAGAUCCCUCUUGGUGCACAUGUCUCCUCAUCCCAUCUGUCUGCAUUCAGGCUCCCGAGGGUUACUUUGGUCGAAUGGAGUUACUCAGAAGAAUAUUGGCACGCACACGUGCCUUGGAGGAAAUUGCCAGGAAAGGGGAGAAAAAGAUUGGCUCCUCACCUCGCUUGGCUGCCUGGCUCCGCUGCUGCCUCUCACUGGGGUUGGAGAGAACAUUCCCUGGGCCUUUGCGCUCCCCAGUUAACUGCCUUUGGACCCCCUUCCAAGAUUUGUUUGGAUGCCCUGCUGGGCAAAUCUUGAGGAUGAUCCUCACAAAUAUGGCCUGAUGGGGUUGAGGAGCAGGUGCACUUUCGACCGACCCUUUAGCCAGUAUUUCCAGUCUGCUGCUUUGUUUGCCAGCUGCAACUGAGCCCCACAUUGUGGAC